GAGCGCCAAUUACCGAAGAGAACCAUCAUCAGAAGCAGUCAAAAGCGGCGGAAAUUAACAACAACAACAACGAAGAGAAAAUGCCCAGCAAAACAAAGGUCCUCAGCUCGCUGGAAAAUCUGCACGAUGAGUCAAACAUUUCUGGUGCAUCAAAGAAGAAGGAAGGCAGCCUCUCAUCGUCGUCAAAGAAGAACUCACUUGAUGGCGGAAACCUUGGUCAGCUGCACUUCAAGCUAAAGUACAGCUAUGAGAAGCGAUCUCUCAGCGUUGUAGUUGUCCGUUGUGAGGGACUGCAGUCCUCGAAUAAAGCUGAUGGCGGAAGUUCUGGUUCUGGACUGUUGGAUCCGUAUGUGAAGUUGCAGCUGCUGCCGGAGAAACAGCAUAAGGCCAAAACCCGCGUCCUCCGAAAGACCGUCUCGCCGGUGUACAAUGAGGAGUUCACCUUCCUCGGCAUCGCCGCCAGCAGCCUGGACAACCUGGUCGUCCACUUUGUGGUGCUGAACUUUGACCGCUUUGCGCGGGACGAGAUUCUCGGUGAGGUAGUGUGCAAGGUGAAUCAGCUGGAGUUUGACGCCCUGGAGAAGCAGAUCAGCCUGACGCGAGAGAUUGCUCCGAGGGGAAAUAAGCUUAAGAUCCAGGAACUGGGAGAACUGUUAGUCUCGCUGUGCUACCAACCAAUUGCCAAUCGUCUGACUGUGGUGGUGCUAAAGGCGCGAAAUCUUCCGAAAAUGGACCUGACUGGACUUUGUGACCCGUACGUAAAGUUGUACGUUUUCCACAACGGCGUCCGCCUCUUCAAGAAGCGGACGCACGUGAAGAAGCGCACCCUCAGCCCGGUCUUCAAUGAAAGCUUCGUCUUUGACAUACCCCCGGAGGAGGGCCUGGAAAAUAUCUCGUUACAGUUUCAGGUCUAUGACCACGAUCGGGUGACGCGGAAUGAGCUGAUUGGCAAGGUGGACAUCAGCGGGCGGACGCCGGGCAGUCCGGCGACGGAGAAACACUGGCACGAGGUGAUCCGCUCGCCGCGACGGCAGAUCGCCGAGUGGCACAAGCUGAAGGAGUGCUAA